AUGGAGGCCGAGGCAAAUGCAAACCCACAUGACGUGCAGAAGCAAAUUGUUUUGUUCGAAGGGUUGGUGGGAACAGGAGUAAAACCGGGUUAUGACGUUGUCAUCGCAAGGUGGGAGCGGAUGUGCGAGUUUGAUCCAACGAACCCGCUCAUACGGUCUGACAUUGCCUUCCAGCUCUACCUAAACGCCUUACUGAAGAACGGACUUGCCUCCUCUGUGGAUGCUGCUGUCCGGAGACGCGACUCUAUUCUUGCUGCGACUGCAUCCUCAACUCCUGUCGCGGCCUCAUCUACAUCUGAAGCGACGUCUGCGGAUGCCGCCUCGGUCACGGAAUCCUCGACAUCAACUUCGUCUUCUCAGGUUACCUCGACACCCAGUCAAAAGCUCGCACAAGCUGUCCUCGCUGGACAGGGCGCUGUCUCUUCUGCUACCGCAUCGCAGAACACCGACAUGGCAAAGCUACAAGCCGCGUUAGGUGGUGGCAUGGGCGGGCCUAGCAGUCCGAUUGUAGUCACGCUAGCAGAACAAAAGGGUUCAUGGGUACCGCGGCUCGUCAGGUUUUUGGUCAUCAGCGCAAUCACCACCUUCUUCUUCCUUGUCCUCAUGGCCGUGCUGCUUGAAAACUCGGGGUUGAUGAAGGCUGGGCCCAGGACGUCUGAGUUCGAACCACAGCAAGGGAAGACCUACAAGUUCAGCGAUGUCCACGGUGUUGACGAGGCGAAAGAUGAAUUGCAAGAGGUAGUCGAGUUCUUGAAGGACCCUACUACCUUCGCGACUCUUGGUGGGAAGCUGCCGAAGGGCAUCCUUCUCACCGGACCUCCUGGAACGGGUAAGACGAUGUUGGCUCGUGCCGUGGCUGGAGAGGCCGGCGUUCCGUUCUUCUUCGCUUCAGGUUCUGACUUCGAUGAGAUGUUCGUCGGCGUGGGCGCGAGACGUGUGCGCGACCUCUUCGCUGCAGCGCGCAAGCGACAGCCCGCGAUCAUCUUCAUUGACGAGCUUGACGCGAUAGGAGGAAAGCGCUCCAACCGUGACCAGCAGUACCUCAGGCAGACGCUAAAUCAGCUCCUGGUUGAGAUGGAUGGUUUCCUGCAGAAUGAGGGUGUUAUCGUCAUCGCGGCGACGAAUUUCCCUGACAGUCUAGACCCCGCGCUCGUACGUCCUGGUCGUUUCGACAGGCAUAUUGCAGUGCCAUUGCCGGAUGUUCGCGGCCGCGUCCAGAUCCUCAAGCAUCACAUGAAGGACGUAACCACCGAGCCUGGUAGGUGUCGACGGAAUGGUUCUCGCUCGUGGUACGCCUGGUUCUCGGGUGCUGACCUGCAGAACAUGGUGAACAUGGCUGCGGUACAAGCCUCUCGGGAGGGCGCGAAGGCAGUCAACUUGAAGCAUUUUGAGUGGGCUAAGGACCGGAUCGUCAUGGGCACUGAGCGCAAGACUGCUUAUAUCAGCGACGAGGUCAAGCGCAUGACUGCUUAUCAUGAGGGUGGACACGCCCUUGUGGCACUCUACACGGACGGCGCGAUGCCACUUCACAAGGUUACGUGCGUCCCGCGUGGCCACGCCCUUGGUAUCACGAGCCAGCUACCCGAGGAUGAUCGCUAUUCAGUAUCUCUGAAGCAAUAUCUUGCUGAGAUUGACGUGUGCAUGGGGGUCGCGUUGCCGAAGAACUCGGUACGAGUUGGCUCGCUUGUCUACGGCCCCGCGAACGUAACGAGCGGUGCAUCAUCAGAUCUGAGGCAUGCCACUCUGACUGCUCGGGCGAUGGUCAAGAAUUGGGGAUUCUCCGACAAGGUUGGGCCGGUCUGGUAUGGCGAUCGUGACGCGAUUAGUCCUGCGCAAAGCGACGAGAUAGAGCGCGAGAUUCGCGAUCGCUACCCUGCUAAAUCAAAAGAGGACGAGCUGCAUAGAGUAGACCCUCUUCUUUUCUCACCGCUUGCUACCGAUGAUCAGCUCGCGACUGCUCUUGUGGAACAUGAGACUUUGGACGCCGAAGAAGUCAAGAAGGUUAUUAAGGGCGAGCCAAUACGAAACAUCAAGGAAGUGAUACAGGAGGACCUCUCACGAAUGUCAGAGGAAUCUAGUAUUAGCUCAUAG